CUGUAGCUGGGGAACAGUUUGACAGACGUUCGGUUACCAUGGAACCCAUUUGCAUCAAAGGGGUACGAGUGUAAGUUUAACUAGCACCGAGUUCACCGGGUACGUGAUCAGCUGAGUGUUCAGUUGUAGUUUGGUCGCUACUUUUCGUGCUGGCUGUGAAGAGUGAAGACAACAACAGGCUGAAGCUAAAGCUGCUGUGUCAUGUACUAUGGUAGUUCCACCAUGCACUCAGAUGGGGACAGUGCCCUGGAAAGCCUGGAGGCCCAGCUGGUCACUAAAGAAAUGGAGUGGAAGGAGUUCCUGGCUACAAGGGUUCAUCAACUAGAACAUUUUCUCAAAAAGGCACAGGAGGAAUGCUCCUCUCUCAGACAUGCUCAAUGAUGUUCAUGUCUGGUGACUGGGCUGGCCGGUCCUGAAGCACCUUGAUCUUCGUCCUUGAGGAACUUUGAUGUAGAGAUGGAAGUAUGCGAUGGAGCACCAUCCCUCUGCAAAAUUUGACCCCUUUUAUGGUUGGGAAUGUAAGAGCUCUAUGGCUGAUGGAAUUAAAAAGCAAACGGAGGAGUAUGACAGAAUGAAAUGGAAUUUGCAGUUCAGGAUACAAGAGAUGGAACAAGAGCUGAGCCUUCAGAGACAGACACUGCCCUCCUCACAGCAUACUGCUCUCCACUCCACUGCAACUCCCCUCCCCAGUCUCUUCAUAACAGCUCACCAGGAAAUGACAGCAGCUUUUGACAGUGAGCUCAGACAGCAGGAACACAAGUUUAACUUGACAAUUGAUGAGGUGCGCGCUGUGGUGCUGUCUCAUGAUCUCAAGGUGAAGCUGCUAUCUAAUGAGACUAAAGUUCACUGCCAGGCUCAUCUUCGGACCAUAGAGGCUCUCAAAGCAUCUAAGAAGUUCUGUCAGCAGAUACAAACCCAGCUGCAACACAAAGAACAGGAAGUCAAAGACCUUACUGCUGUCAAGGACUAUAGGAUAAAGGAGCUUAAGGGCGAGCUAAAACAGAUGGAGACCAAACUGAAGGAGAGUGAAGAUAACCAUAUUAAAAAAUAUGAGGAUGUGAUCCAGGCUCUUAAGAAGUGUGAUUCACAGCUGGAGGCUCAGUUUCAGGCCCACACAGAGCAGCUGCAGAAGACUGAGAAACACCUUGUCAAACUACAGAAGAAGAUGAAAGUACUGGCACAGGCACAAGAAGACCAGCAGAAGGCCAUGAAACAGAAAGAUGAGACAAUCCAAAGGCUUUGCACAGAGGUAGAAACAACUCGGACUGGCUGGGACAAGUACAUCACUAAGGUCUCCAGUGAGAUGGUUGUCAAGGAUACAGAGAUUAUCACUCUGCAGGAAAAAGUGACCAAACAUAGAACUGAGUGGGACAGCAGCAGGGAGGAGAUAGAGUGGUACAAGCAGCAGCUGAGUGAUGGUCUGAAGAGAGAGAAGGGCCUAGAACAGAUGCGAGUCCAAGCAGAGCUGGAGUGGCAGAAUCGGUGUGAGGACAUGAAGGCUGAACAUUACCUUGCUAAUGAGCAGCUAUUACAUGACCUGACCAAGACUAGAGAACAGUCUCUCACAAUAAAGGUAGACUCUAUGGCAUCAGAAGAGAUCAGUGGUCUGCAGAAACAGAACAACAUCCUGCGGGCCGUGGUUACCCAAAUGAGGAAGGACAUGGAGGGUCUGAGCCAUCCCUUACUCAACCCCCAGGCUCAGCCACAGGUCUCCUUUCCUCAACCAGUUCAGUGUCAAGAAGCUCCUGCUCAGACGGUCACUGGACCACCACCACAAUCCACUGACAUUUCCACAAAUGUCAGUCCAGCAGGUGGUGUGUGCCUGGAGAAACAUGCCAACACCUCUGCACCUCUGACAAAGCAGGAGAUCAGAGUGACACACGUCCUGGACCAGCUGCAAGAGGAAAACCCACACUUGCAGCAGCAGCAGGACUCAGGUCUGAUGUCAGGUGGUUUGUUUGUAAAUGUGCAGGGGGCUAAAAGCAACCCUCCUCUCCUGCAUACCAGGCUGAAGCAGGCAGCAUUCUGUAUUGCCCGACUGAGCACAGAGAAACAGCAGUUGAUAGAGAUGUGUAAUUGCCUCCGUGGCCAGAUCAACACUGCUAGACUAAAAGAGAGGGACUCCUGCACAGAGAUACUAGAAGAACAACAUGAUCGGUUGAAUGCUCUGGAACAGCUGCAGUACCAGCUCACUACACAGGAGCUGCAGUACGCUCUAAGACAGAGUGCUUGCACUUUUGCUGAACAACUCCUCCUUGGAACCAACAACCAAGGUCCUGCCACAAAAGGGGCUGCCAACCAUUGGUCCCAGGUGCACAGAACCACAGACACGACUGAAAGCUCCAAGAACAAAGACAGUGCUCCUCUCAGCCAGUCACAGAGCUCCCCGAAUGUGGGGCCACAGCCUCAUUCGGGUCUGUCUAGGUCUCAAUUGUCAUCAGAGGAGGAGUCAACAUUGCAGUCGUUAAACAAUCUGUGGGAGAUACUGGACCACGGACUCAGCCUAUCUGUGUUCUCAGAAGGUGAAGGUGAGCUGAGCAGGGAGGAGGUAGCUGAAUCCAGUGGUGCUGGAGUCCAGAUGAUAGUACAUGGUAUCAGUGUUCCUAUCCAUAGCCAGCCCCCAACCGAGAUCCAGCAGAAGAGGAACCCAUCUGCAACACCAUCAAACCCUACCAAGACCUGCAGAUCUCGAGCCCCUGACAGGAUCAGCAAGAUCAGAAAUUACAAUGUUAAAGACUGAUACAUAUAGGGCAAUCUGUCAAUAUACUGGUCACAGGGAGUGCUAGCGAGUCUAUGAAAACAGUAGUAUAAAGUCUCCUAUGACUCUGGAGGAGCUUUGUCAAGUGUGAGAAAAUAACCCUGAUUAUGUCAUCAGGUUUAUCUCAGCCACAAAUUUAGAAAUAAUUAUGAGAAGAGCCUGAAGUUGAAGUCUGGAUAUCUCAGCUUCUUUUGAUUCGAUUUGAUUUGUACAUAAUCUAUCUCUAGUAAGUUCCCCAAGUUUAUGGAAGUGGGCUUCUCCUUUAAAUCCAGCAGAAUCUUUGUUUCAGUAUAUAGCUUCUACCAAUUCAUCCUGAGUACACUAGGAACACAAGAGAAAUACUCUGAAAAUCAAGAAAUAAUUCAAAUACAAAAACACAAAAUUCUUACUUACAUUUUGUUAUAAAACUCAAGGUAAGAACAUAUUUUUACAUUUUACUGCUGCCUCUAACAUCAGAGCUCACAUGUCUGAGCAGUUAAAGAAACUACGACAGGACUACAGUAAAAACAGAUCUAUAGGCUUUAUUGUGUAGAAUCCUCCAUAAUAAUUGAUUAUAUUUGUGUGCUCAAUGUAAAAACAAAUAUUUGUUGUGAACUCACCUUUUUUAAAUUUAGUUAGUCAAAUUGUCUGUGUUCAUUGAUUGAAAUCACCUGCUCACAUGGAAAUAUGACAGCAGAAAAGCAGCUAAUGUUACAAAUACAUUUGUAAAUGGGGUCUUGACCAAAAUUAGUGGGUCUUGAUGGUUCAUGGUUAAAGCACUAACCAUGAAAUGUAUAUGUAUAUAUUUAUGGUGUUUUUUGUUUUAUUUUAUUUUUUGUUGUUGUUUUAUGAUGUCAUCACCUUCACUGAUAAAACAAUCUGAUGUCACAGAAAUCUAAUUAAUGAAAA